CCAGACUCCAGUCCCGGAUUUUUGCUCCAGCCAUGCUGUUGGAACCAGCAGCAGCAAAUGCCUGUUUUGCCUGCCUAUCCUCUCUCCUCUCCCUCUCUUGCUGCGCGCUACUCUGCUCUGCUGCAGUGGAUGGUCCUCACGGUGCGCUCGCAAACUCGUCUCAGUGGAGGGGACCUGAGCAUCUCACUGUCAUUUUCCCACCCUUCUUCCUUUUUUAGCCCUCGUUCUUUCACCCGACCCCCCUCUACCUAUCAUCAGAGGGUCUGGAUAAAUGUGAGGGAAAAGUCAUAGGAUAGAUGAGAGAGAGAAGGGAAGCGCUCAGGAAGUCUUUAAUCCAACAUCUCUUGCACAUAUGACUGUGUUAUGUUCUGCUGUCUCCGGGUGACAGAGAAGCUUGUGCUCUUACAUACCUCCUGCUUUUAGACUCUGUGCCAGAAUCACAGUGCACACUGUGUGGUGAACCAGAAGACCAGCAGUAUUCAUGGUCGCCCUCGCAGUACUUCGAUGAGGACAGCUACUCCCCUCCACCCAGGAACAUGAAGGGUCUCUCUGGCAGCCGCCCUGCCCAGCUCCAGCUCACCUCUCCCACCACAGCCCACACCUGCGGCCUGGCUGAGUGUGAUCAUUCCCUGGACCAUCACCUCCACCAUGGCAACUCACGGCCCCCCUCCUACCUCCUUAGCCCCACUGAGAGCUGCCCCCUUGAUAGUCACCAUCGUUGCUCCCCGCGGAGCUCCAUCCACUCUGAGUGCAUGGUGAUGCCGGUGUCCAUGUCGGCUGACCACUCCAUGUCUAGUAGCACUUUCCCCCGCAUGCACUAUGGAAGCGCUUCGCGGGACAGUGGUGGCAACACCUCUGGUGGCAGGGAAUCCAGAGACGAUGGUGGCUCAUCCUCGCACGGUGGUAGCGGCAAAAUGAACCGGAUCCCGGCAAACCUCCUGGACCAAUUUGAGAAGCAAAUGCCACUGCACAGGGAUGGCUUCCACACGCUGCAAUACCAACGCACAUCCACCACAACCACGACUACAGAGCAGCGCAAUGAAAGCCCUGGGCGAAUACGCCACUUAGUCCACUCGGUACAGAAGCUAUUCACAAAAUCACACUCUCUAGAAGGUUCCUCCAAGAUGAAUGGCACCAAAAGUGACUCGCACCGGGAGAGCUCACACCACCACCAUCACCACCACCAAGGCCACCACAAACACAGCAAACGCAGCAAGAGCAAAGAACGUAAAUCUGACAGCAGUGGGAAGCAGCGCUCAGGAGGUUGGUGGAGUUCAGAUGACAACCUGGAUAGUGACAGCACGUACAGAACACCCAGCGUUAUGUCACGGCAUCCUGUGGACCACAUCAGCCACUGCUACCCUGACUCAAUGCAUGGCCACCUGGCUGGAGACCUGUCGCUAAAGACCUCCAAGAGUAACAACGACGUCAAGUGCUCAGCCUGCGAGAGCAUCAACAUGGCACCAGAGGGAAAGUUCAUGAAGAGGAGCUCCUGGUCAACACUAACGGUCAGCCAAGCCAAGGAGGCCUACAGAAAAUCCUCCCUCAACUUGGAGAAGCCCAUGACGCCCACUGACCUCAAGCCCAAUCUCAGGCCCUGCCACUAUCUACAGGUGCCCCAGGAUGACUGGGGGGGUUACCCAGGCGAUGGGAAGGAUGAUGAGAUCCCUUGUCGUCGGAUGCGGAGCAGCAGCUACGUUAAAGCCAUGGGGGAUGAGGAGAGCGGAGAGUCGGACUCCAGCCCCAAGACAUCGCCUCAGAAGCUGGUGCGGCCUGACGCCCUGGUCAAGGCUAUCAUCAGACCCAGGGACCUGCUGGACUCCCAGAGCUCUUACCGCCUGGAUAAAAUCAACAGUGACAUGCGUAACUACAUCACCAAUUUUGCUGCAGACUUAAGUCAGAGCUACCACUUGCAAGCCACCAGGGACAUGCACCCAAGCAUUGCCCUGGAUCCCUCUGCCAACUACAACUCUCCCAAGUUUCGCUCCAGGAACCAGAGCUAUAUGCGGGCCGUCAGCACCCUCAGUCAGGCUAGCUGUGUUAGCCAAGUGAGCCAGGUGAGUGAAACAGAAAUAAAUGGCCAGUUUGAAUCAGUGUGCGAGUCGGUGUUCAGUGAGGUGGAAUCCCAGGCCAUGGAGGCCUUGGAUCUGCCCGGCUGCUUCAGAACCCGGAGUCACAGCUACCUGCGAGCCAUCCAGGCUGGCUACUCUCAAGACGAUGACUGCAUCCCCCCCAUGACCUCUACUGUCACCUCCACCAUCAGGUCUACCACAGACAGAAAUUAUGUGCAGGAAGACUCUUGUUUACCCGACCAGGCCAGUGUACAUGAGGAUUUGGCAGACACGGCCCCUUUGACUCAUGAUGAUCUAGGCUGCCCCAUCAGAAGAGACAGACUAUACCAAGAUAACAUGGGGGCUACAGCCAAACCUCUGUCUGGACCACCUGUUUCUCCAAGCCUCUUCAGAUCCCCCAGAUCUAGUGCCCCAGAACGGCCAUCACCAAAAGCCAUCCAGGCCAGUAUCAAAGAGUCAGCUACCUUGGCUGCAGCAAUCAGCAUGCAGUGGAAGGAAGAGGUCUCAGCCAUGCGUCGAGAGCUAGCUGAUCUAAGGAGAGACCUCUGUAAAGAGCUCCGUGCUUUCAACAGUAAUUUCAACACUUUCACGCAACAUUACAACACAUGGUCUCCCCAAGGUGCCAACAUGGCUGCUGGAGCUGAUGUAGGCUUAAGCGGAGGAGUUGGGACAGGGACAGGAUCAAGGUCAGGAGCAGGGGUAGGGGCAGGAGGACUUGGAACGUCUGUGGCUGAUAGAGGCACUGGGGGAGCUAGGGAGAAGAAACCCCAAGUAUCAAAAGUGUCUGUGGGGACCCAAGCCAGAAGCAAACACCUGGUUCGACAAAGCACUGCCGAUGCAGCUGUUAAUUGUCCUGAAGAGAAGGAGGAAAUGAAAGGUGCCCGCCGAAAUCUGCCAAAACAACUUUCUAUGGACCCAAGCAUUCUUGCCUGUCCACAAUCAAUGUAUGUGGAGAGUGCCAUACCACUUUCCUUGGAUCCAAUACUUCCAGGCCCUGUUAGAGCAGUCGAACCAGAGCCAUUUGACUUGACUGCAGUUCCUUCUAGAGCUAAACCAGAACCGGAGCAACCAGACCAUGCAAUUAUGAGUUCAUCUGACUUGGUCACCAAUGAGCCACUCAACACUAAUGAUACGGUGCCAGUUUCCUCAGAUGCAGCCAUUGAAAGCCCUCAGGAUCCAGUGACAGUGGAACAAGAAAUCCUAAUCACUCCACAACUAAUAAAUAUAGACCCAUCAACCGGGUCACAUUCACAAACUGAACAACCUCACCCUGAUGAUGUGAAAUCCCCAAAUUCAGAACUAAUUGAAAGAGAUAAGAAACAGCUACCAUAUCCAGUUCCUGUAGUUACUGUGUCUCCACCAGAGGAACAUGAUUAUGAGAUCAUGUCUGACUCAGAAUGUCUGGAUCCUGUUACUGUGGAUGAGCCAGAUCCAGUGUCCCAAGACCCUACUACUGUGUCUUUACCAUAUUCAGGGCUAGAAGACCUAGAUCCUGCAGAUCCAACAGAAUUAGAGCCAAAACCAUCAGACUUACCAUUGGUUUCAUCUGACCCCAUUAGCCAAGACUCAUUCCCAGUCUGUGAUGCACCCACACCUGAUGUUACACCAUGUAAUCUAGAGACUGAUCUCAUUUGUCCAUCUAUUGUGGUGUCAGAGUACCCUGACACAGGCUCUCCUGCAAGUCCAACUGACAGUGACACAAAUCCAGAUCCCCUGAUCACUCUACCCGAUUAUCCUUCUGACCUUCCCCCAGAGCAAAUGACAUCAGUCUCAACCUUUGCUUCCUGUUCAGCAGAAACUCAAUUCAGUCCUGAAGCAGAGUCCCAAGACUCAGAGUGGCCACCGCUUCCUGAACCACUAGAUACCACUCCUAUAUAUCAUGCUGAUCUGGUCCACUUUGACUUAGUCAUGCUGACUUCUCUAGAUCAAGAUGAUCUUGACUCAGUGUUCAUGGACCCUGAACCAGAUCCAUUUGACCUGAGUGUUGACUCUCCAUCGAAUACAGAGGAUUUAGAUCCACCCAUCUACCAAUCAGAUUGCCCAAGUUCACCGUUACCUGCUAUUGACCCUGCCACACUGUGCCCCUUGGAUCCUUCACAGUCAACAGAAUCUAUCUGUUCAGAUCCAGCUUUGGAUUAUCACUUAUCUCCCAUACCUCAGGAUGUAUCCUCAGAAUUACACGAGGUCACAUUUCCACAGGUCACUGUCACAAUAUCCCCACCUAGUUCAGUAUCUCCUGAUACGUCUCUGGAAAUGGACUUUGGACCUACAAGUCCAGCCCCAGAUCCUCUUCCACCCGAUACAGCUCCAUCACCAUCACCACCACCAUCACCAUCAGAUCUUGCAGACUUUCCCAUGGAGGAUGUGGACCUGCCACACGUGGAACCAGAUGAUAUGAUUGUUGAAACAGUAGAGUGUAUGGCUGUAUCCCAGGAGUAUUUGGAUCUUGUGGAAGGAGUUCCCCGAGGUAGUCCUGAGAGGCCCUCAAGCGAGCAGGCCUUUCUGUGGUGCAGGUGGCAGAAGAGGGGCCAGAGACGAGACUCAAUGCACAGGAGUGCAAGCGUGGAACUCUGGAGCGGGAGAUACGACUACAACAGUGCAGAAAUCACAUAUGUGUCUCUCACCCUGUGAGCUCAUACCUCAUUCUCAGCAGACAAAAUGUAGCUCAAAGUAUAUUUAUAGUUCAUGGUAGCUGCCAGUGCACUUUAGAGCAACGUGCAGACCUAAAUGUCAUGUGAUCAUUGGCAUUCAAAGCAAUGACUUCCUCAUACACAAACCUGCAGUACCUGCAGGUGAAAAAAAGACUGCAUUAGUAGCAGCAAAAAAAGAAAAAACUUUAAGGAUUGCACCAUACUGCAAGAGUGUGAUGAACCCACAAUGGUGACAAAUUUACUGUACAAUCACGCUUCAAAAUGACUAAUUUACAGUAUGAACUUCUCUGAAGCUGGUGUCACCACGUAUGUGAAAUAUCUUCCAGGACAAUGCUGCUUAAUUCAAUGUACUUUAUUUAAUCAAUGGAUACACCAGUAAUGAAUGUUCUUGUUCAGUCAGUGGAUUACAUCAAAGACAUGAUGAUACAUCUAUUUUAAGAGACUCUCUUGGAGCUCUGUUAUAGACUUUUGGACAAGAUGGCCUAAUGUAUAUAAGGCCCCGACAAUCCUUGAUGGAAACUUUCCUUCCCUUGACCCAUUUUGAGCUGUUUAUUGUCACUCUAGAGCAGAGUGAUGUAAAUUUCGCUAGUUAUCAUAUAACUAUAUCUAUAUUUAUAACUGUUUACUAUGUGAGCUGUUGGAUGGACUCUGCAGUUAUAAAGCAAACGGAAAUGAUGCUGUGAAAUGGUGUUUGCACAAUCGUAGAUGGAGCUGGAACACUAUACUGUUAAUUUGCUGAAAAAAAAAUAACAUAAUUCACACUCACGCUCAAAUAUAAUCACAAACCAGUACAGUUAUGGUAUGUAGCCCCUAUGUACACACAAUCUCAUGUUCCCCACAUGCACACACACUUUGCUAUCAAACAUAUACACAUAUCUUAGGUAUAAAGAUA